GUUUGCCUCAUGUUUUCGUCAAUGAUAUUGAACAUAUAUUUACAAGGAAGAAUAAUAAGUUUGAUAAAUGGGCCAAGUUACGAACAACCAAUAAAAAGUAUUGAGGAGCUAUUAGAAAAAAAUAUCGCCAUAAAGUUAAUUCCAACCCUUGCUUUCUAUUUUGGAUAUGAUAAUAAGGGAUUGGAAUAUUAUCAGGAAAUUUAUGAUAGGCGUAUAGAGUCCACCGAUUGGGCUGGAGAAACUUGGUUCGAAAGUAUGAAUAAAAUUUCAAGAGACCGGAAUAUUGCUGGAACUACUUAUCAAGGUUUUCUAAUUAUGAGACCAAACCUUCAAAGUACUUUUAGUACUAUUGAAUUUUUACCUUAUCCUCAUCCCGCAGGAAUGCCCAAGAAUUAUUACAUGCAUAAAGAGUUCUAUGAAUGGUUUAACCAGAUGAUCGAACAUGGAAUCGUUACGAAGUUUUUGAAAUUAUAUGAAUUUUCUUAUGCUUUGCAAUAUUAUGUUGAAUCUAGUUCUAGGAUUUAUAAAGUAACAAUGGAACAAAUGGAACCAAUACUUUUAAUGUUACUUAGUGGAUAUCUUGUUGCACUUUUCGCGUUUAUUUUAGAAUUGGUUAUAUAUAAAGUUACACAAUUUUUACAACAGAGAGCAAUUUAGCUAUUUUCCUUACAAAACAGCAUACUUUUUUGUAUUAAUCGAUCAGUGAGUAGCAAAAAGUCGACAUGUUUUAGGGAAUUUUUCCUUUUUUUCAUCAUAAAAAAUAGACUUUUUGGAUCAAUCAGAUAAAAUGGGUAAUUUUUUUAGUUUCACAGCAAUACAGCUACUGAUGUUUGUAGUUUUGCGUGUUGUAGUAAGAAGUACUAAUUUUGUCAUGUUUGUGUUACUGUCUUGAAUAAAAUUUAUUUGCGUUUGGAAAA